CCUCAUAUUUGUCUGAUUACUGGAGGGCCAGCACUCCUUUAGUCAGACUAAAGUGUUGUCCGGACGCAGAAUGAAGAGUUCUUCCUUUUGUCUGGUUUAAGAGAAAAUUAUGUUUUAAAAGACAAAACCCAAACUAAUAACUGAGCAAAGAAGCUUGACUCUGACUUCAGGAGCUGAGGUGUAUUUUUUUUUUUUCUGAACGAAAAUGGACGAUUCAAGCAAGCAAGCCCCUUCAUUUGGGAGUGGAGGCCAGAGGAACCAGCCGUCCAGGCCCUUCUUCUUCGUCCAGCCUCCAUCCCAGCCUUAUUACCUGUACCAGCACCUGCAGCUCAACAACCCAUACGCUCAGUACGGCCUGCCUGGAGGUUUUAAUGUUGGUCGUCCCUGCAUGCCCCCGUACUCCUACAUGCCAUAUCCUGGCUUUGUUUUACCACACGCUCCAAUUUAUCCGAUGGAUUACAGGCGUGUGUUUGAGCCCCGCUUCCACGCCCCUGCCUGGGGUGAGGUCCCUCGCCCGCAGCCCCACGCCCAGCCUCCGAGGCGCAGGGAAACGGCCUGUUCAGAGGCUCAGACGGAUCCCAGCGACGCCAUCACCAAACUCAUCGAAUGCUUGGAUAAGAUUCGAGUGUCUGAGCUGCAGAGUGGCGACCGGGAGCUGGACUCGGGCGUGGCGUCGCACUCCUUCAGUAUGUCUCCACCAGGAGAAGAGAAGAAAAGGGAGGAGCAGGAUCACAGCACGCCUUUAGAAGCUCACGGAUGCUGUUUGGAGUCUCCUACCGUGACUUUCGGGGAAUCCAGCGUUGCUGUGGACGACAGCGAGUCCAGCCAGGCGGUCUUGGACACUCGGAGCUCCCAGGCGUGCUGGUCAGGAGGACUGGAGGAGGAGGAGCUGCCAAUAGAUAGCUCCUCCAUCCAUGAAGACUGUGAGCACAGGCAUCCAGCAGCAGAGGAACACUUCUUCUCUCUCGAGAAGGAACAGGUCACAGAUAUCCAGUCAAAUAUCUCGGUGACUGACUCGAGUGUUCCCAGAUGCGAUCUUGAGAAACCCCUAAAGCCUGCACAGCCACCCCCCACCUCCUCCAGCCAGUCUGGCUCCAAAGAAUCUAAAAGCAGCGAGGUGGUUUCAGACUCGGAGCAUCCUGGCGAUGAACUCAGAUGCCAGAUCCUCAAACUGCCCUUUGAUUGUGUUUUGGCCCCUGGAGCUGCUGGCGGCGCUGGAGCCGGCCACAUUCUGUCUCCAGCUGGCCCUUACUACUACAACUACCUCUCCAUGCAGGCGACGCACGAGCGCAUGAGCGUGCUCAGCCCGUCGUUGGAUGAGCUUUCCUCCAGAGAUGAGAUGUUCUCCACAGAUCUGGAGGACGUCGAUCUCUUUCCCAAACACGUGUAUGCCGGGAGGCGACUCGCCGAGGUCAUGGGCGGAUCACCUCACCGCAACGAGGAGGUGUGGCUACCUGACGUGAAGAGGGUGAUGUGUGCUUGCUGUGGGAAAAGUUUAAAUAAAGGCUCAAGCAGGAGCAAAACCUCUAAGAUUUACUGGGACGAAGCUGGAGACUCGGAGGAGGAAGAGGAGGAGGAAGGCAGGUUCGGGAGAAGCUGUGAGCAGCCGGUCCGAGUGGUUGUGAGGAAGCACAUUUCCCCCCGAAAAUCUUACAUCCUCCCCCAAAGACAUGCCCUGAAGUCUUGGUAUAAAAGGGGGCAUUACAAGGAGGUGCCAGAACCUGCAGAGCAGGACCAGGAGGAUCGAAAGGAGGCGGCGGCGGAAACGGAGGAGCAGGACGGCGGCAAGCUGCAGUGCAGGACGUGUCAGGACAGACCCUGCAGAGACGCUGGGACCACAGCGGAUCAGUGGGCGGAAGAAGUGAUUCCCAGGAGGAGACACGCGGCGCCUCCACAGAGACCAGGACGAGCAGAACCCAGAUGCUGACGGCCAUUUCUGACGUUUGAGGAGUUGAACUGUCCCCCCGAGAAGCUUAAAUAAUCACGGAUGGUUGCAGAAUUGAACACCAGGUGAAAUGCACAGGAGGAGUGGUUUGGUUAUAUGUCUGCAGUGACGCUGCCCUGCACUUAAAGACGGAUGGAUUUCACAGACGCAGGCGGGCGGAGAGCUCGCGCUGCAGGGGGAGGAAGGUGUGUCACUGUUUGGGGUCAGUCCAAUAAAAUGUCAUUCUUUAAGCC